AUGGAGGUGAAGCAGCAGCGCGAGGCGGACCAGCUGAGGCCGCAAGACCCUCAGCAGCAGCAGCACGAUCCAGAUGGCUCUGCUGUGGCCUCUGAGGCAGAACGAUUGAGGCAGAAGGUCUCGCAGCUGGAGGCUCGCUUGUCCGAGGAGAGGCGGCAGCGCGAGUCUAGCCGCUCUGCUGUUGACACAGAUCAGCUGAGGCAGCAGGUUUCGGGUCUGCAGGCCAUGCUGUCCGAGGAGGAAGGGCAGCGAAAAAUAGCUGGUUCUGCCGCGGCCGCGGAGGCGGAGCAGCUGAGGCAGCAAGUGUCGGAGCUGAGCAGCAAAUUGUCUGCGCAACAGGGGCAGCGGGCGUCGUCCAGCUCCGCCGCCGCCGCAGAGGCAGUUGAGCUGAGGCAGCAGGUUUCAGAAUUGCAGGUCAAGCUGUUCGAUGAGGAGCGGCAGCGGGAAGCGGCCGUUUCUGCCGCGGCCGCGGAGGCGGAGCAGCUGAGGCAGCAGGUGUCGGACCUGAAGGCCAAACUGUCUGCGCAACAGGGGCAGCGGGAGUCGUCCGGCUCCGCCGCCGCCACAGAGGCAGAUGAGCUCUGGCAGCAGGUGACGGAACUGAAGGCCAAGCUGUCCGAGGAGGAGCGGCAGCGGGAAGCGGCUGGUUCUGCCGCGGCCGCGGAGGCGGAGCAGCUGAGGCAGCAGGUGUCGGACCUGAAGGCCAAAUUGUCUGCGCAACAGGGGCAGCGGGAGUCGUCCGGCUCCGCCGCCGCCACAGAGGCAGAUGAGCUGAGGCAGCAGGUGUCGGAACUGAAGGCCAAGCUGUCCGAGGAGGAGCGGCAGCGGGAAGCGAUCGGUUCUGACGCGGCCGCGGCGGCGGAGCAGCUGAGGCAGCAGGUGUCGGACCUGAAGGCCAAAUUGUCUGCGCAACAGGGGCAGCGGGAGUCGUCCGGCUCCGCCGCCGCCACAGAGGCAGAUGAGCUGAGGCAGCAGGUGUCGGAACUGAAGGCCUGGCUGUCCGAGGAGGAGCGGCAGCGGGAAGCGGCUGGUUCUGCCGCGGCCGCGGCGGCGGAGCAGCUGAGGCAGCAGGUGUUGGACCUGAAGGCCAAAUUGUCUGCGCAACAGGGGCAGCGGGAGUCGUCCGGCUCCGCCGCCGCCACAGAGGCAGAUGAGCUGAGGCAGCAGGUGUCGGAACUGAAGGCCUGGCUGUCCGAGGAGGAGCGGCAGCGGGAAGCGGCUGGUUCUGCCGCGGCCGCGGAGGCGGAGCAGCUGAGGCAGCAGGUGUCGGACCUGAAGGCCAAAUUGUCUGCGCAACAGGGGCAGCGGGAGUCGUCUGGCUCCGCCGCCGCCACAGAGGCUGAUGAGCUGAGGCAGCAGGUGUUGGAACUGAAGGCCAGGCUGUCCGAGGAGGAGCGGCAGCGGGAAGCGGCCGCCUCUGCCGCGGCCGCGGAGGCGGAGCAGCUGAGGCAGCAGGUGUCGGAGCUGCAUGUCAAGCUGUCCGAGGAGGAGACGAGGAAUGAGUCUGCCAGUGCUGCCUUCGCUGCGCAGGCGGAGGCUGUGAGGGAGCAGGUCUCCGAACUGCAGGGCAGCCUGUCGGAGGAGGCGCUGCACCUGGAGGUGCUCGGCCCCUCCAUCGCGGCGGAGGCGGGGCUGCGCGAGGCUGCCGCGCCCGCCGCGGCCGCGGAGGCGGAGCGGCUGCGACAGCAGGUGGCGGAGCUGCGCAGCAAGUUGUCUGCGCAACAGGGGCAGCGGGAGUCGGCUGGCUCCGCCGCCGCCGCCGCCGAGGCAAAUGAGCUGAGGCAGCAGGUCUUGGAACUGCAGGCCAGGCUGUCCGAGGAAGAGCGGCAGCGGGAAGCGGCUGGUUCUGCCGCGGCCGCGGAGGCGGAGCAGCUGCGGCAGCAAGUGUCGGAGCUGAGCAGCAAGUUGUCUGCGCAACAGGGGCAGCGGGAGUCGUCCGGCUCCGCCGCUGCCGUAGAGGCAGUUGAGCUGAGGCAGCAGGUUUCAGAAUUACAGGUCAAGCUGUUCGAUGCGGAGCGGCAGCGGGAAGCGGUCGGUUCUGACGCGGCCGCGGCGGCGCAGCAGCUAAGGCAGCAGAUGUCGGACCUGAAAGCCAAACUGUCUGCGCAACAGAAGCAGCAGGAGUUGUCUGGCUCUGCCGCCGCCACAGAAGCAAAUGAGCUGAGGCAACAGGUCUCGGAAUUGCAGGCCACGCUGUCCAAGGAAGAGCGGCAGCGGGAAGCGGCCUGUGCCGACGCGACCGCGGAGGCGGAGCAGCUGCGGCACCAGGUCACGGAGCUGCAGGAACAAUCGCAGGCCGCGGUGCUGCAGCGCGUUACCGGCAUUGAGAUGCGGCUGGAGUUGGAGGAGGCGCAGCUGACCGAGAGCCGCAACCGCCUUCGCGAGGCGAGGACAGAGCUGGUGGCUGGGGGUGCCGAGACCCACAUGUUUGCGUCGGAGCUGCUGGAAGAGCACAGCCAUCUCGUGGAGGCGAGGGCCGAGCUGCAGGACGGGCGCGCCCGGCUGGCGGAGGCCAAGGCGGAGCUGGAGCACCGGAGCGCCUUGAGCCGCGGCUGCGCCGCGGAGCUGGCCGAAGAGCGCCGCGCCGCCCGCUGGCUCCAUACCCAGCUGGCGGAGUUGGAGCUCGCGGCGCUGCAGACCGCCGAGGCGGCGGAGGCGCACGCCGAGAGGGCCCGCCACGGAAUCUGGGCCGCACCCGCGGGCGGCGAGCCGCGCGGGAGCCGAGGGUGCGACGAGGCGGCCUCCUGCCACGUGGAGGGCCACCCUGGCGGCUGGGUGCUCGCGGACGACGCGGCCUCCCGCGCCCUGGCAGAGCUGGCCGCCUCCGAGGCCGAGCAGCUGCGCCGCGAGGCCGAGCUGGUGCACCGGGAGGCCCGCAGCUGGGCCGAGGCGCGCCCGCGCUCCAGCACGCCG